AUGUGCAGACGAACUGACAGUAAAGUGACGAUGUGUUUUGACACGGCACAACGUAAGCAAAGACGAAUGAAAAAAAAAACAGCACUAAACAAUUCAGAAUACCAUGUCGCAACAACAACCGCCUAAAAAGAAGGCUACCAAGGGUAGCAAACAAAUUGUGGAAGAAAAUGUGGCCACGGUUAAGUUUUACCGAAACAUGUCACUAAUCGCUAGCGCGGUCCAGUUCCUUGGUUUUGCUGUUUAUGCCGAACUUUCCACACUUGCGGUGGUCAUGACGGUUCUUUGCAUUGUAGCGCAUGGUGCCAGUUAUUACUUUAUGGCUAUGAUAAGCAAACCUAAACUUACCGAAAAAGGUGAUAUCAUUGAAACGGGAACAGAUCUUAAUAUAGAGGGAGGCAUCACGGAACACGUGAAAGACAUCGUCAUCUUGACCUCGGGCACACAGCUCGUAUCGAUUCUGUCCGAAUUCUUCUGGCUGCUAAUGUUACUGCUCCCGGUACGAGCGGGCUGGCUGCUGUGGCAAACGGUGGGAAAGCAAUUUUUCCAAGGCGAUCCCGCCGAAGAGGGUCCCGUGAAUGAGAAGAAGCAAAAGAAGCUAAUGCGAAAGAUGAACCGGGCACGGCAGUGACAGUAAACAUUUUUGGAGGAAAGACACGUUAAUGUACCGUACACAGAUCAAAGGGAUGCCUUGCCGUUCCUCCGUUCAGGGACACCACCAUUCAACGGUUAGCCGAGGGCGGAAAGCUAAGGAUCGCUCGGUGUGGUGUAUGCCAAGUGUGAAACAAUACGCGUAUUGUUAAGUAAUUCUUGUUUUCGUGUGUUUUGUUUUUAUUAGACUGAAUAUAAAUAAUUUUCGUGCUUUGCUCUAA